CACCCAGUCUAACUCACUGUUCCGACAGAGAUGUGUUCUUGGUUCUCUUCCUUCUGACACGUGUACGUUCUGUAAGUGGCUUCGGGUAAAAGCGUCGGCUAAACGCCCUAACUGUAAAUUAUAUCCUACGUUCUUUUGAGGUGCAGUGCCUCAAAUGAUUGUAAAAACAGAAAGACGUCGGGGAGGAAUAAAGUAAAUCCAACAUGUGAUUUUAUAUAAUUCUAUGUUGGCGUGCUAUUAUGCUAAAAGUAUCAGUUUCCCGAUUUAGUAGGCAUAGUACGCAGUUGGCUGCAAAUGCCAAAUUAGUUGUAUCGCUGGUAUUGACUGUGCAGUAUAGGGACUCAUUAAGUGUGUUUGUUUAUUCAUGUACUUUUUAUUCACCACUAAAUACAUUAAUCAACGCGCAAGUAGCUCAACACAAUUGAACAGAAAAACAUGUUUUUUCUUUCACCCCGAUCUAGGUUAGUCGAAACACGUCUCUGUCUUGCGUCGCCUCGGAUAGACCCCGCUCCUCCCAAUGUCGUUCACCGCCUGCGGUACACACACGUUAGCAUUCAAAGAGAAAUUACAAUGGUUUUAAACAUUCCUCUGACUUCUGUUCCUGCAGGAUCUGGGCUGGGCUGCCUGUCGUUUAUCUGUGGCGGCGGGGUAGUGUCACCUUCGCUAUCACUCUCCCAGGACCCAGACGCCGGCUCUGUCGCGUUUGACGAGGACUGACUCAUUUUAAAAGCAGGGAGGACCCAAGAGGGCCAUUCAGAGCUGUUUACACCUGAGAACGUUUUGUGCUAAGUAGAUAAUGUUCUUGUGUUUUGUUGAAGUUUAAAGCUCACAGUUUUGAACAGGAAUCAUAACACUUUCUAACAGUAUACACACACAAUGUGUGAACGAAUGUGUGAGCUGUUGUCAGCGCAUACAUGCUUGUGGGGAUAACAUUGCACGCAGGGUGUUUGAUGGUACUUUUCGGACAGGUAUACUACGUUGCUUAUAUUGCGCUGCAUUAAAUCACCUUCGCAUAAAAGUAAUAAUACGUGUACGGGUUACUAAAUCAGCUCCGAGGGAGAUGAGUGGCAUUUGGGCUUUGCUGAAACACGCUUGUUGAGUCUGUGCCCGGAUCCAGAAGGAAUAGGAAAACAGAAACAGCAGACAAUAGGCCACCGCAGCAUGUCUGCUACGGGCUGAUGCAUUAAAGAGUGUAAUGAUGCCGACAGAUUGAUGACUGGCUCUGACAGUGAUAGCCUCGCUCUAUAAAUUCCUCAUCUCCCCCGCCCCUAAAGGGCAUGGUUUGGAAGAGGCCUACAAAGGCAUGUGCAUCCCAGCACUUAACUCAUUUUGCAGGAGACUAAAGAGACAUUGUUUUAGUUUGGUACUUCUGGAGGGUAAGUAACAUAAUUGAGGGGUUUGUUGUGUAAUUACACAUAACUUCCUUAGUGUGAUAUCGAUAGAGCGGGAGACUAAUUACUCUUAAUCGAUUACAUGUGUACUUUGUCCUUCACUCUCAGCCAACCACCAAUCACGUCGGUAAGACCCCGUUCAUCGCUCAAGAUGUGGCUCGUUCUCCUGGUGGUCCUGUGCCUCCAACGCCCGACGGCCGUCCUGGUCCACGGCGAGACGGACGCCCAGCAGCCGUCCGAAGAACGGUCCGCGGGACCCGGGUUAGUGGAGGGUCUGCGCUCCAACCACACGCCCGGGACCCCCCCACCGGACGGAGCCAGGCCUCCACCGGCACCCCCCAUGUGCCUGCAGGCGACGGGCAUCAGGGACACCUUCAAGUCGGUGAACACGCUGGUGUCCCUGCUGGUGUUCGUCACGGGGACGGUGGGCAACGCGGCGCUGCUGAGGAUCAUCCACGCCGACCGCGGCAUGCGCAGCGGGCCCAACGUGCUCAUCGCCAGCCUGGCCGCCGGGGACCUCAUACACAUCGUGAUCGACGUACCAAUCAACGCGUACCGGCUGAUGGCGGAGGACUGGCCGCUGGGCGCCGUGGUCUGCAAGCUGGUGCCCUUCAUCCAGAAGACCUCCGUGGGCGUCACUGUGCUGAGUCUGUGCGCGUUGAGUGUCGACAGAUAUCGAGCGGUCGCAUCCUGGAAUCGAGUCAAAGGCGUCGGAGUCUCGACGUGGACGGUGGUAGAGAUAGCUCUGAUAUGGGUUGUUUCCAUCGCGCUGGCAGUGCCCGAAGGCCUGGGCUUUGACCUGAUAACAAUGGACUAUAAAGGGAAGCAUCUGAGGAUAUGUCUGCUCCAUCCUGUCCAGACAACACACUUCAUGCAGUUCUACAAGCUGGUUAAGGACUGGUGGCUGUUUGGCUUCUACUUCUGCAUGCCGCUGCUCUGGACGGCGGUCUUCUACACUCUGAUGUGCAGGAGGCUGCGCAGGACCUCUGAGAACAGCCUCAACACCCACCACAAGCAGAGGCGCGAGGUGACCAAGACGGUGUUCAGCCUGGUCCUUGUUUUCGCUGUGUGCUGGUUCCCACUUUACCUCAGCAGAAUCCUCAAACAGACCAUUUACGACCAGAAGGAUCCCAACAGAUGCCAGCUUCUCAGUGUCUUCCUCGUGCUGGACUACUUUGGCCUCAACAUGGCCUCGCUCAACUCCUGCAUCAACCCCAUCGCUCUGUAUAUCGUCAGCAAGAGAUUCAAGAAAUGCUUCAAGGCGUGUCUGUGCGGCUGGCGCCCGUCUCCUACAGCCGGUAGCGCCGAGGAGCAGCAGUCUGUCACCAAGUCCAAGGGGCAGGAGGAGGAGCCCGGCAACAUCAAAGCCCUGCAGCAGCACCUGGCCACGCCCCCACCUGAGGCGCAGCCGCCCCGCCCCCCGGCUCCAUGACGGCACUGGGACACGCCCCCCGGCCCCAUUAAACAGAACGCUCAAAACCAAACACCUCGUAUGUAAGGAGCGGCCCGUACACAAACACACAGGCCGGACACGACACGUCGUCACGUUUGUGUAUAUAUUUAUCUUCGUCCUUCUUUGAGCCACCGACUUGUUAGCUAACGUCGCUGUGGAGGAACACAGAGAGAGGUUUACAGCCCUCCCCACCCCCCACCCCCCCCCCCCCCCCCCCUCUGCUCCACCUGUGGUGGUGUCAUCAGCCCUCUUAAUAAUAUAUAGACGGGGGCGAGCCGCGAUCUGUUUACCGGUGUUGUCAGGUGAACAUCUGCCUGGCCACUCGGGGCACUGAGAGCGAGAGAUGUGACUAUACCUGCCCUCAGGGCCUGACGCCCUCCCAGCCAUUACCUCAGCGCUGGCUCUCUCGUCGGACGGCCCUUCACCCAUCAUGCAUCACGUAUCAUGCAUCACGCUUGUCAAAGCACUGUUUGGGUCCGGGCGUUUUCACCGGGCAUGACAACAUCCUCGCACGUACGUGUGCUUUGCUGCCAAAUGUACGUGUUGAUUUUUGUAUUAUUUACAGUAGCCUGUGUCACACGCGCGGGGGAUCUCACAUUGGUGUUUGUUUUUGUUUUGUUUAGCGUGCGUUGAAGCGGCGUGGAGCGUCGUAAGUGGUUCUGUGUGGAAAAGUUGUCAAACGUUUUUCCUUUCUCUCUGCGUGUUAGCGUGCACUACUCAAGGCUUUCCCGGCUCUCCCCCCACCGCCGUAAUCAGAUUCCUGCCACGGGUUGAUUCUGUCGACGGCGGGCGAAUGACUGAUUGAUGGCGGCCUAUUUUGAAUGCAUUGUUAAAUGUGUAAUGCACAGAGACGCGCUAUAAAAGACCUUGGAGUGUGUGUGUGUGUGUGUGUGUGUGUGUGUGUGUGUGUGUCGGGGGGGGGGGGGGGGGGUCGGGAGGAGAAGGAAAACGAGGAUGACAGAAUGAGGUCAGGUGGGGGGGAGGGGGGAGAAAGGGGGAGGGAGGGAACACCUGAUGGGUCUUGCUGUCACAGGACAAGCCAAGGAAAACUAAGAGGUAGUAUCGCUCGCUGCACGGGGGAUGUGUGGCAGGGGGGCAACGUGACUGUGGCUGUUAUCAAGAGAUUAUUGUUGCCAAGGCGAUUGAUCGGGAAGCAACUGUCAGGCGUGGAUGAACAGGCCUUUAGAUAUAGAUGUAAAAUAUAUUAAUGUACAUAUGUUUUUAGUAAGCGUAUUUGGAACUGGUUGACAUCCAUAUUGUUGCCUGUUUCUUUUUUCCCCGUCUCCUCAAAGUCCUGCUCAUUAAAGUAUUCAUGGCCACCUCAUUGGAGAAGCUGCCAGAAUCAAUCUCUCCUCCCGCCUGCUCAGUCAGAGAGAGAGAGAGAGAGAGAGAGAGAGACAGCUGACUGAAGUACUGCUGCUUCCACUACAUCAAUACAGUCGGCUUCCAUCUUAAUGCACUCUCUUCUGUCCCUCACGAUUUACCAGAUGCUUUACCUGGGGAUGGCAGUAACGAAUAAAAUAAACCAUAAACACACA